AUGCUUUAUGGAAUAUUAUUGGAAAGUGCACGAGAUGGAAUAUAUCUUAGUUAUGGAAAUCAUGUAUGGAAAAAAAUUGUACAGGAACUUAAUUUUGAACAUGAAUCAUUUACAACAUUGGGUCGAUAUGAAGAUAAUUUAAUUGAAAAAAUAGCUGAAUGUCUUACUGAUAUUCUUCAUGAAGGAACACCAGAAUAUUAUAUGCAAUUUUUUGGUGAAUGUUUUGUUCGUUUUUUUACAAAUUAUGGUUAUGAUAAAAUAUUACGUGUUGCUGGAAGACAUUUUAGAGAUUUUCUUCAUUCAAUAGAUCAACUUCAUGAUUCAACUAAAUUUAGUUUUCCUCAAAUGAGAUCUCCAUUAUUUCAUGUACUUGAAGAAGAUGAACAUGGAGCUUUUCUUCAAUAUAAAUCACGUCGUCGAGGUUUUCAACGAUAUAUAGUUGGUCAAUUAAGAGAAUGUGCAUCAAGAUUUUAUAAUGAAGAUAUUUAUGUUCGAGUUCAAGAUGAUAUAUCAACAAAUGAAUGUACACUUAUUAUAUUUCGAGUUGAUUUUAAUAAUUCAGCUGUAAAAGAUACUUCACAACGUCUUUUUAGUAUUCCAAAUUUGCCCGAUAUAACAAGUGAAACAUUUUUUAAAGUUUUUCCAUUUUGUCUUUUAAUUGAUCCAUCAAUGCGUAUAUAUCAUAUGGGUAAAUCAGUAAAAAGUCUUUUUCCUGUUGAUACUGUUUUAAUUGGUCGAUAUCUUGAAGAAAUUUUUCGACUUAUUCGACCAGAUAUUUCACUAGAAUGGGAUAAAGUACUUAGUUAUGGUCGACAUAUUGUAUUUUUAAUGGAAAGUCGAAUACCACUUCGAUCUGAUAAAGGAAAUAAAUCAAAUGAAAAUUCAACGAUUCAAAGACUUAAAACAACAGCAGGAAUAACAGGAAGUUCAUUUAUUAGAUUAAAAGGACAAAUGAAAUGGAUUUCUAGUUGGAAUAUGAUUGUUUUUUUAUGUCAUCCUGUAUUAUCAACAACUGAAGAAAUGAUGAAUAUUGGAUUAACACUUCAUGAUUUAAAUUUUUAUGAUGGUAGUAGUGAAAUUCUGAUUGCAGGAAUGCAACAUGCAAGACAAUUACAAGCAGCUAUUGAUAAACAACAUGCAUGGAUUUCCCAAUUACAAGCAACUAAAGUUGAAUUACAAGAAUGGCGUCGAAAAGGAAAACGUCUUCNACAAUUACAAGCAGCUAUUGAUAAACAACAUGCAUGGAUUUCCCAAUUACAAGCAACUACAGUUGAAUUACAAGAAUGGCGUCGAAAAGGAAAACGUCUUCUUUAUUCAAUGAUGCCACGUCAUAUAGCUCAAAUGCUUCAACAAGGAGUUGUAGCUAAUUCAAUUUGCGAAUCACAUAAAUUAAUAACUGUAUUAUUUUGUUAUACAUUAGAUUUUAAAGAUGUUAUACAAAAAUUAUCUCCAACAGAAAUUGUUCAAUCUAUUAAUCAAAUGGUUAUUGUUUUUGAUCAAUGUUCAGAAAAAUAUGAUGUUUUUAAAUUUGAAACAAAAGCUGAUUCAUCUUAUAUGAUGAUUUCGGGUAUUCAAGAACGACCUCAACAAAGACGAGUAUCAAAUAUGUCAGGAUCAAGUACAAGAAGUUCAAUUGGUGAAGACAGUUUAGAAGAAGGCAUAACAACUGUAAAAAAUCCACUUGGUUUAAAUCAAGCUGAAAUUGUUGCUGGACUUGCUCUUGAAAUUUUAAAACAAUCAAAAAAAUUAAUUAAUAAAAUAAGCAAAAUACCAUUUAAGACUAAAAUUGGUUUUCAUUCAGGUUCAGCUGUUGGAGGAAUUGUUGGACAUAAAAAUUAUCAAUAUUGUCUUUUUGGUGAUACUGUUAAUACGGCAAGUCGAGUGACAACAACAAGUGAUGUGGGUCGUAUUCAUUUAAGCGCAGCAUCUUGGCAAUUAUUAAAAGAUUCUUCUUAUUUUGAAACAAGUCCUCGAGGAAAAAUUCCAAUGAAGGGUAAAGGUGAAAUGCAAACAUAUUGGUUAAAUGGAGCUAAAGAAGCAUAUAUUGAACAUACUCUUAUAUUAGAAUCAAAAAAUGAAUUAGUUUCUAAUGAUAUGUUAUCUGAUUAUCAUCCAACAAUUAUUAAAUUUUGUUCAUCAAGAAAAAUUCAAGAUAUUUUUGAUUUUAUAAAUCGGCGAAUUGAAAUACGGCGACGGGAUCCUGUACGAGUCAUUGAAACAUUAUUUAAACAGAGUAUUCGUAAUGAUCUUGUUUAUGAUGAACGUGGUAUGACUAGUGGUUUUCAUCAAGCAUUAUGUCUUACAUUUGAAACAACUCAUACUGAUCGUCCUCUUAGAUAUCGAGUAAAAGGUUUUGGUAAAUCUACAAAUCAAUUAACAUUUGAUCUUCGUUCUGAUAAAGACCAAACAACAACGUUUAAAUCGGAAAAUGAAUUAACACUUGAUGAUUUUAAUAAAGAUCAAUCAACAAUAAUCUUGAAGAAAUCAAUCAGUGUAGCUGAAUAUUUAGCAAAAAAAUAUAAACCUUUAGAAUAUCCUGAUCCUCCAUGUAUUGUUGAAUGGGAACGUGUUUUAAGACCACUUGAUAGUUUUCAACGUGGUCUUUGUCUCAAAAACAACAAUUAUCCAUAUUUACAACCAUUGAAUAUUAAAGUAGAUACGAAUGAAAUGAUAAAAAUUAAAGGUAAGUUAACAUUUAAAAUUGUAAUUAUUAUAAAUUUAUCGAUAAAUUUAGCUCGUAUUUUACCACCACCGAAAGUAAAGUAUCGUGGUCAACGAAACAAUGAAGUUGCCGAACAUGUUGCAGAAUCUGUUAAACAAUGGGGUAAUCAAACACUUGCUGUUAUCAGUCAAUGUAUUAGUUUUCAAUCACUUCAACAAAAUACUGGCAAAUAUCGCAUGUAUGUUCAAAAUUUAAGUCAAAAAAUAAAUGCAAAAAUCGGUGGUAUCAAUGGAGUUGUUAAUUUCAAAGCAGCAUUUAGUCGUUCAUCACAUAAAGAUUUAUUUAUGUUCUUUAUCACUCAUACAACUUGUUCGACUGAUCAACCAUCAAUAGUAGCUGUUGUUGGUUCAUGUGAUCCAACUUGUAGUCGUUAUGUAGCACGUCUUUCUGAACAAUAUCGAAAAAGAGGUCGUUGUUCAGUAGAAAUUAUCAAAGAACUAAAUAAAAUGGUAAUUGAUUUACUAGAAGUUUUUUCACAUACAUGUGAAAAUCGUUUGCCUAAUCGAAUUGUCUUUUAUCGUGAUGGUGUUGAAGAUGGACAAUUUCAAAAAGUACUUUAUAAUGAAAUAAAUAAAAUAAAAAAUGCUUGUCGAGAUAUAACACAUACAUCACAAUUUGACUUCUAUUUAUGUUGUCAAGCGGCCAUAAUUGAUACAUCUCGUCCAGCUCUUUAUCAUGUUCUUCAUGAUGAAAAUGGUUCUAACAGUGAUGACAUUCAACAGUUUACUUAUUGGUUAUGUCAUACAGAUGCUCGUUGUACAAAAUCAGUCUCAGUUCCAGCUCCAGUUCAUUAUGCAGAUUUAGCUACACAUGCUGCUCGUAUGUUUAAAUUUGGUGAUUAUCUUGGUCAAAAUGAAGAGAAUGAUGAUCAAUCGGAAAAUAUUUCGUUAAAUGAUAUUAAAACUAAAGUUAUGAUAUUAAAUGAAAAAAUCCAAAAUAAUAUGUGGUUUAUUUGA